AUGACCAGAUCAUGUUAUCGCAUCUAUUCAUUGGGCAUCGCAUCAUUAACUUGUGGUGCAGCUUGUAACUCCUUUUUGCAAAUAGCCCGCCGUUGUCAUUACCACUAUAUACAAGAUAGCUUUCAAGUUGACUUGUGAACAAUGCGUAUAUUUUCUGUGUACUCCAGCUCCUAAGCAGAAGUCAGCUGUCAGGUCAAACUCUGUGACGUGCCACUUUUUGUACACAGCGCUGGCACAUAAAGGGUAUGGCAGCGCCAGCCCUUGACCUAAACCAGCUGAAGGCGCGGUUAACGCGGCUUGGGGUCGAUGUCCGAGGCGGUGGAGCGGGUUCCCAGGGUCCACAUGUAACCACGGUGACGGCCGCUCGGAGCCCGGAGAAACAGCCUGAAGAUGCGCGAUUGGUGGAGCCAGCAGCUGUCGACAGGGGCCGCAAGGGAAUGUCGGACUUGUUCGAGCGGAUAAACCGCGUGGAGCGGGCGAUGAGCAGCGCCGAAGCGCAGGGCACAGCUAUCAAGCAGGCACUCCAGGAGGACCUUACAGCCUUGGAAGCCUUAGCAGCAGCUGGGGAGCCGACGCGUAGCCCCAAGCGCGAACGAGUCAAUGUCAAGAAGCCCAAGGCUGGCACAAAAACUCGACCAUCGGCACUUGCUGCCGGAGGUGGCAGAGGCCUCAGCGCUGCAGUUCGCAACGCCGACCACAUGCGAAGCAUCCCACCCACCACGCCACUGUCGACCGUCCUUGCGCAAUUUCGGGAAGCGGAGGCGGCCUGGGCACACGAAAAGGCUCGGUUGCGGCGAGACGCCAUCGAGGAGCGAAAGCGCGCCAACAAGCUGGAGCUGGAGGCCAAGCGGCAGCAGCGUGUGCUGGAGCACCAGGCGCUGGAUAUCAAGGCGCUUAAAACAGCACUCAAAAGCCGCGACAGCCAUAUUGAGACCGCGACGGAACGUGUACGCGAGCUGGACAAUUCACUGCUGAGAACGCAGGAAGAGACAACCCUGGUCAUUGCUGAGCUGACCGCGGAGCGCGACGACUUAAAAGGACUGCUCAUGGCGGCCCUUCAGCGACUGGAGGCUGUAAACGAACUGGUGCAGAGGGCGGAAAUUACCUCUGCAGUAAUGGAAGAUAAGAUGCGGCUGCUGGAGGAGGAGCGGUCCAAGGCGCUGGAGGCGGCCGCCCGCGCACGGACGGAGGUCGCGGAGCUUGCGGAGAGCCGCCGCAAGCUACAGUGGCAGUCCAAGCUGCUAGAGAAAAUGUCGGAGGUCCAGCUGAAGCACAACAAGCGCAAGAGCGAAGCUAUCCGUCGCCUGUUGAGCGCGGAUGAGCAGAGCGAGAUGACUGUAGGGCUUCGAAGCGACUUAAGCGCCUUGGAAGCCGACCCAGCCGAGGAGUAA